CUCAAAGAAUUGAUCUUAAUAAAUACUCAAGGCUUACGUUAUUCAUCAGUCUUAAACUUCUUUAAUCGCGCAUCAUUAUCUCUUGAUACGUUAGCUUUACAUGGUGAUUUUUGCAAUGGUAGACAUCCAAUCACAACUGAAGAACCAGCAUGGGAAUUAAUUUCAAGUUUAUGUCCAACAUUAAAAAAAUUAAUGAUAAUUGCGUCAGAUCGUAGAAAUAAUUAUAGAAAAGUUGAUUUAAAUUUAAUACCAAAUCAACUUGAGUUUAUUGAACUUGAUCAUCAAGAUGUUAAGCUUUGGGAUGAAAUUCUUUCAAAAUUUAAUUCAAAUCCAACUUGGUUACCUGGACUCCAAAGAUUUAAAUUUAAUAAAUCGGAUUGGGAUAGAGAAAGUAUUAUUAAGACUAGUUUAGAUUUUAACUCUGUCACUCAUUUGUCUCCUUAAUUUUGAGAUACCCUCCGCUUUCUAUUACUAUCUUUAUUUUUUGUGUUAUGAUAAUCCAGUUUGUGGGUUGUUUUCUUCAACAGUCGUUUUUCCUUUUUGAUCAUCGGAUUUGGUUUCGGGGAUUUUCAUCUUUAAUCAGUGACUCCAAAUUUAUCAUUCGAGCUUCAUAGAUUUUUGUCACUUUUCAAUUUUUUGUCUUUUUUAAUUAUGUUUCAAUCAAUGAGACUUGGAGGAACGUCUUUCAUCUUUGUAAUUGUUCUUCAUUUAUUUUGAAUGAUGAAAUAUCUCAAUAAGUAAAUCAAUGGUUAAUGCAAAGAUCUCCUCAUUCUGAACAUUGCUUG